CUCACCCUAAUCCCUUAAAAGCCUUAAACCCUAGAAAUCGUAGAAAAGAGAAAGGGGAACCAAAAAAAAAAAAGGCGGAAGCUUUUACACAAUGGCUGAGAAACAAGAGAUCAUCGAUUCAGUGCCGGCUCAAGUGAACCCAGACACGAAAGUGGAUAUGGAAGUCGAAGCAGCGGCCCCAAAAACCGAGACGGUCGAUGGGAAACGUGAGAGAGAGGAGACAGGGGAGGACGAGAACGGAGGUGAAUCGAAGAAGCAGAAGGUUGGAGAUGAAGAGAAGUCAGGUCCGGUCAAACUGGGUCCGAAGGAGUUUGUUACCUCUGUGGCGAUGUUCGAUUACUUUGUCAAGUUUAUGCAGUUUUGGCCAACUGAUCUCGAUGUCAAUAAGUAUGAGUACAUGGUGCUGCUAGAUCUGAUCAAGAAGGGUCAUUCUGAGCCUGAAAAGAAGAUUGGAGGAGGAAUCAAAACCUUCCAAGUCAGAACCCACCCGAUGUGGAAAAGCCGAUGCUUCUUUCUGGUUAGGGAAGACGAUACUGCAGACGAUUUCAGCUUCAGGAAGUGUGUUGAUCAAAUCCUCCCAUUGCCUGAAAACAUGAAGACUCCUGGAGCUAACGGCAAUGGACAUGGCGGUGGUGGUCGUGGCGGAGGUGGUGGAAGAAGAGGCGGCCGUGGUGGUGGUAGAGGCGGAAGAUUCAGAAGAUAAAUUUGCUUGAUCUUUGAUGCCGCCUUGUUUCAGAAGAAAAUUUUGAAAUUUUCAGAUUUAGUUAAAAACAUGGAAGUUAUGAUCUUGUCGAAUGCUAUUGUAUUUUGUUCGAAAAAAAUUGUCAGUUAUGACUUAUUAUUAUUGCUUAAGAAGAAGAUGA